AUGCUUGAUGCGAUACAGUGGUGCGUCAUUCGCGCUUCGGUUGUAGUCGGAUAUCUGCCGCUAAGCACACGAAAGCGGACAAAGGGUCCUUCAAAACACAGCCAUUUUGAAACAGUUCGAACGAAAUGUUACGUGUAUCUGUACCUCCUAUCUCCGGAUCAGCAUGAGCCUACUCCUCGGUUGGAAGAUUUCUUCUGGACAGGGUCGGGCGACGGUCCACCACCACCGCCAGAUGCGCCUUUACCAGCCCCACUUGAACCAUCCACGCCCAUCGUUAAGACCACCACGGUUCUGGCCACCGUAUAUUUGGACUCUUACCCCCCUCAGGCGGUGACAGAUAAAACAACAGGAGAAUGUGUGAUGAACUGUGGAGAACCAGUGGGUCCAGAUAGCUUAGAGCCAGAAAUACCAGAAGACCGACGGUAUUGGCUGCUUACUGUUAUACAAGGAUCCACUCCUGAAAGCUUACAGUUAAAGCUGGCAAGAUUGUACCAAAAGGCGUUUUUGAGGCAACAAGAACGUCAUCUUGGAAUCAUUAAAUCAUUAGAUGCACCGACGACUAGAAAAAAACACGAGGUGCAUUCGUUUAUCAUUAAUAAAGACAAUAAUUUAAAUCAAAGUCCUAAUUCAAACACUCCAUUAAGAUACCUGGAUAUUCAAAGUUCAGUUGUAAGUUUUACUCCUAUGGAGUCUAUAGCUGCUACAAUAAUACCGAAUGUAACAAGUCUGAGAACAGCUAAACUAUAUGCUGCCAAUACUGCGAUAAACAAUGAUACAAAUUUACAAAUAAGACCAACGUAUAGAAGCGAAGUUGAAUCAUGGAUAUUAGCAACCCCAACAGUUAUUGUGGAAAAAAGGGAAAUCAUUGAUAAAGCGCUCAAUAAUUCAGAAAGUAAAGAAGAAUUAAUUGAUUUACCUCUAGAAGAAGAUGCGAGUAAUGAAACGUUACUUUUUAAGAGGGAGAUUAUAAAACCAGAGCAGCAACCACCGGUACAGGUUUACAUCCAGAAUAUUACUGAAACUCCAGAAACAGGCAGCGUACAAAUCGUCUAUGUAGUAUUGGUGGGAGGCAGGGCAGUACCAGCGGCUGUUGCUGCUAGAGAUAUGAGGCUGGUGAGGGAUGCUGAAGUAGCGAGAGAACUAGGCGCUGUUGUCACUACUAAAGCUGAACCAGCGUACCUGAAAGCAGCCGAAGGGCUAGAAGGCGAAGCAACCACAGCGUCAGGCGUACAUGGCACAGAGUUAUGGGCACUUGCGAUUGGUGCUUCAAUAGCUAUUCUUCUCAUUAUGGCAUUGUUAAUAUUACUGUGUCUCGCACAUCGAAAGAAAAUCAAAUCUGCAGCAUCCCUUAGAGCGUACAGAAACGAACUAAUGAGAGAAGCUGAAAGAAACCAGUUGAAACAAGUUCACGAGGAAAAGGAUGGCAAAUUGAUCAGCGUUGUUUCUCCGAGUAGAACAAGACCUAGUAGCACUCUUCUACCAGUUUACAGAGCAGGAAGUUCAGGGUCAACAUCUUCGUCAGGAGUAUCAGAAGUAGCUACUGCUCUACGUCGCAGACAGAAGAAGCCUCACGCCUUAAGGAUGCCACAAAAAAAGAGAGUUGGAACAACAGAUAGUCUCCUAGAAGCUGCAGGAUUGGAUAGUUCAGAUAGUGGGCAGCAAUCAGUUCCUCUGACACCUACCUCAUAUCUUUCCAUGCCUUCCGUUAAUUCUUUCCCAAGAGGAAACAUAGUAGAACCCCUAUCAAGAAUUCUCGAACCGGUAUCAGUACGUCAUCUCGAUAUAGAUUCUCCUAUAUCUACACCGAAGGAUCAUCGACCUAAAACGGGAGAAAAGACCAAAGAAGUCGUACCGAGGAGACAAAUGGCCUCACAGUUGGUACGACUUGGCAGUAUUGAUAAAGAUCCGGGAGUAAUUGGUCCCUUGGUAUGGGAUUUGCAUUGUCAAAGGAUUAAAGAUGCUUCAAAAACGUCAAGUCCAGCAAAAUCUACCGCUUCAGUACAAAAACCAGGACCAUCUCGUAUGAGGCAACGUUUUAACGAACUCAUGGAUGAUGCCUUCACGCUUUUUGGCAGUGCAGGUUCGAGUCCUCCUCCCCAGGAGACUUUUGUUAUAGAUACUGAGAAGGAUAGUGGAGAAAAAGACAAAAAGAAACGAGAUGGAGAAAAAUUUGCUCAAGCUCGAAAUGAUAACGUUCGGCUACCAGGUUCACCAUACACUGCCCUGGAUACUAUAAGAGGACGAUCUGCAGGUCCUGGUACCUCAAUUUGCAGCGGAUCUGACAGCGCAGGUGCUCUGGAUCCUGAGUCUGUUAGACCUCGUACGUCUUUCUCCAGGUCAGUGUUUGAACGUAGGGCUCCGCCACCAGCUAGGGCUUGGGGAUCUCUUACCCGAAUGCCGGCGCCCACUGUAAACCCAGCUCUUAUACUGGCCGAGGGUCGACUAGCACCAGAAGACCCAGCAAUACCGCUCAUAUCAGCUAUUAAAAGCGAAAUACAACGCGUCAGAGACUCUGCACAGAAGUAACUUCAAGAUUCUCACAUUAAUUAAUUUCGGAAGUGAAUUAGUACACUAGUAAAGUCUGCAAUUAGUACAAUCGGGAUAAAAAUUAAUUCCAUCUUAAAAUCUUUAAAAUAAAGUUGAUUUUAGUCAAAUAUUGGUUAGGUGUUAAUGGAUUUUGUUGCAGACUGUACACAUAUUUUAGGAAAUUACCAAGUU